AUGUCGAAGGCACCCGGGAACGUCUCGGACUAUGAUGGUAGUGGAGAUUGGGUCAAGGUUCACGAAUGGGGCGUCUCUAUAAAUCCUGACGCCAAAAGUAACUAUGAUCGUGUGCUCUGGCACAGCAUGAAUCAGGAUCAGUUCACAUUCAAGUUACCCACAACAACGCCGCCGGGUCAAUAUCUGUUACGCAUCGAGAGCGCCCAGGCCACCGCCUCGUUCAACAGCACCCAGAGAUUUGUGCAAUGCGCUCAGAUCGAUGUCGAAGGACCGGGAGGAGGCAACCCGCAGCCAACGAUGAAGAUCCCAAGCCCGGAGAUGAUGUUUGACAGAGGACAAUGGGUCAGCAGUAAUCUUUAUUUCCCUGAGAGGGCCAGUGAUGAAGAUAUUCUAUCCUUCAAGCCACCUUAUGGGGCUGCGUGGACAGGCUGA